GAAUCAGAUGUGACGUCAGACGUGUGUCUGAUGAAAACAAGGAAGAGCAAUGUGCAAGUAGAUCGUAUGGAGAACUCUGGCUAAGGCCGAUUCUUCUUCGGUGUUUUCUUUAGUCUUCAGGAUUAUUGUCUCCUGUUUUGGUCAGAAUGGACCCUAGACACAAAAAGAUCCUUCAACGCAACAGAACCAAUCUUGUGAAGGACUUAGACCCGUCGGACGUUUACGAUGGGCUCCUGACAAGGGGAGUCUUUACCCAAGAUAUGCUAGAUGAGAUAAAGAGCUCAGGAACCAGAAGGGACCAGGCCAGGCAGCUGUUGCGAGACCUGGAGACACGAGGGAGCCGUGCCUUCCCAUCCUUCUUGGAAUGCCUCCGUGAAGGUGGCUUUGAAAGUCUGGCAGUUCUCCUCCAGAGCGGAGAUCCAGCUGGCCAGCCUGUGCCUAACCCACUGAAUCCAGUCAUCAGACCGCUGCCAGUGUGUCCUGUUGAUGUCAGAAAGCCAGACAAAAUCCACAGUGGUCCACCUAAAGAAGUGCCUCUAUAUCCUACUGAAAUAGAUACUCUCCCCAGUCCAUCUCCGGAGAGAGAGAGCCCAAGACCCAGGCAAGGGAGAACAAGACGAGAUAGCAUCCAGAACUACAAGAUGGAUAGUAGCCCAUGUGGAAUCUGUCUCAUCAUAAACAAUGUGGAGUUUGAACAGCAUUCAGAACUUAAGAAUCGCAAUGGAUCAGAUGUAGACUCUGACCGGCUGGAGAGGCGAUUCAAAUCCCUCAAUUUUGAUGUUGUUGUUAAACGAAACCUGAAAUAUAAGCAAAUACGGCAAGAGUUGGCAGCGCUAUCAAAGAAGGAUCAUUCCAUUUAUGACUGCUGUGUGGUUAUUAUGCUGUCACAUGGCACGGAGGCUACGCACAGUCGCUUUCCUGGUGCAGUGUAUGGAGUGGAUGGCACUUCAGUACCUGUUCAGAUCAUCACAAACUACCUCAAUGGACAGCACUGUCCCUCACUGCAGGGCAAGCCCAAACUCUUCUUCCUCCAGGCCUGUGGAGGAGGUGAGAAAGACACUGGUUUUGAAGUCUCACCAGAUGAGGCGCAGCCAUCUAUGGGUGGAUCAGAUGACCAGAUGGAUGCUAUCCCUGUGUCAUCCAGCAGUGACUCGCUGAGCAUGUCAGACGAACCAGACGCACGGGCAACUCUGCCCACGCCCAGUGACAUCCUGGUAUCCUACUCCACUUUUCCAGGAUAUGUCUCCUGGAGGGACACAAAGUCUGGUUCAUGGUAUGUGGAAACCCUGGAUCGUGUUCUGGAACUGAAUGCUGCCACUGACGACCUAGUAACCAUGCUUAUGAUGGUCAACAAUGAGGUGUCACAGAUUUCUGCUAAAGGCUUGUAUAAACAGAUGCCUGGGUCAUUCAACUUCCUUCGAAAGCAUCUUCACUUCCAAGCUCCAUCACACAACCAGUUUCCUACAUGACUAGCAUGUCUGUCUCUAAACCAUUUAAGAAUUCAUAAUUUGUUGACGUAGUAAUCUGUGUUGAUCAAAUCUGUUGUCUUUGUAUUUUGUUUACUUUUAUACUCCCAGUUGGUAGUGCUGUUUUUUACUGGAUUUAACUGAGUCACAGAGAGUUGCCACUCCUUCCUCAGCAGUCCUGUUGGGUGUCAUUUUGCCCUGAGAUUAGUUGUUAUGUCAUGCUCAAAAUACGUUCCCAAAAUACAUAACUCUGACUUAUCAAUGGUUAGAUAUGCAGAAUUUAGCCUGACAAUUUGCUAUUUUAAUCUGUCAAUGGUGAUAAAAUAGGUUAUGGUCUUUCUAAGAUAUUAUCUUUCCUUUUUUACAAGUCAUUUCAAUAAAUUUGUGCUAUGAUUUGUAA